GGAAAACUACUCCAUCAAAAAUCGAAAUGGACACGGAGAAGCCUUCAACUAGUGCUGCUGCAGCUGCAUCUGCUCAAGUAAUGCAGGACCGGAAUCCGCUCCUGGACUCGCCACUUCAUGGGCCAACGCUCUCCAGCAGCUCCAGCUUCGAGGCACUGGCUCGCCACGACCCGAACCUCAGCCGACUGGCAACGCAAAUGUUUCAGAAAACUGAGGAGUACAUUACGCACGAGCUGAAUGCUCCCCUGGAGGACUACAGGCUAUUGGAAGAGAUGAACAAGGCCACCAUAGCCAAGUACAAGGACAUGCGUCAAAUUGCAGAGAACCUGAAUGCAUCUACCAGUGAUCUGAGCCUCAAGUUCCAGCAGCUGGCCCCCCUAAUGCAGCAGAUCGAUGAGAUAUCCGAUACGGUGGAUAAACUAGAGGCGGCUGCCUACAAACUAGACGCCUACAGCAUAGCAUUGGAAAACCGCGUCAAGUGUGUGCUCCAACGCAAGGCGGGUACUCAUGUGACCCAAUAACCAGUGCAGGCCACUCAAAAAUGCUUUUAGUAUACUUUUUACAAUAGAUUUAUGUCAUUAACCAAGCAAUAGCUUAAAUAUAAUCGCAAUUAUGUUAAGAAA